AUGCCAGUUCUGCUCCAGGCUGUGACCUUUGUGGAGCCUGAUGAGGAUGAGACUUUGGUAUAUACUGCCGUGGGUAUUCAUGCGCAACAUCGACAAACGCUAGUGCGAGAUGCAUCUGACUGGAUUGAGAUUCAUGGGGAAACUCCAUGGACUAAACUCCCAGCUUUUGAUCCUUGGCGUAUCUAUCCCGAUGUGUUACACGUGCUGGACUUGGCCAUAGCUCCUGACAGCAUUGGGUCGUUCCUCUUGUUUGCCACUGACAACGGAAACAGAGAUCAGGGCCUUGACACGAUACGCAUGCAAUAUUUCCAGUGGGCUUCCGAGAUAAAGCUCGGCUGUGAGUAUCUGGCCAACCCGAAACUGUUCACUUCAAAA